CUGCUUCUUUCAUAGGAAGAAACUAGCAAUGGGAAGAAGCGAAGAAAGAAACAACCUCUGUAACGCUUCAAUGCCAUUCCUGAGCAAGAACUCUUAGUAUGUUAGGGAAGCCAGGCUUUUCAGAGAAAUGAAGUCUCCCUCUGUUCCCCAGUUUGAAUAGUGAUAAAACUGCACAGAAGAGCAAAUAGUUUUGAUUCUGUAAGAUUCCAAAUUGCUCUAAAUGGAAAGUUUCUUCAGCAAAUAUUCCUGGGAAGAGUAAAAUGAUACACAGCUGGGCACUAGAAAGCUGCAUGUGGAAACAGUGCAUCAGCAGGCUGCCUUCUCAGACACAAGAGGUGCUGCUUUUAGGCUUCUUAAAUGCAAGGUGGAAAUGCUGCCUAACCUGCUUAGACACCUGUUUCCUACUGAAAACUCAAGGUUAAAGACUUACCCUGAUGGCUGCUGUGGAAAUUUCUUCAGUGUGAGAAGUGAGAUAUAUAUUAUGCAUGCCCUACAGUUCCCUCAUGUGCUUCCAACGCUGAUGCCUGAUAACUUGUGAAGGCAGAAUUAUUUCUUUAAGCAGUGGAGCAAGAAGUUUGGAUAUGCCUUAGUUUAAGAGGCCAUUACUGCAUGUUUAACCUCAAGACUUUGAAAAUAUAAUACACAUGGCACAGCUUGUAAGACUUUUUCAGACACUGUUAAUUCUGCUACUUUGUGACUACAUCUCAGCUGAAGAUGGAGAAACAAGAGCAAGUUGCAGAACUGCUCCGGCUGAUUUAGUCUUUAUCUUAGAUGGCUCUUACAGUGUUGGCCCAGAAAACUUUGAAAUAAUCAAAAGAUGGCUUGUCAAUAUUACAAGAAAUUUUGACAUAGGGCCAAAAUUUAUCCAAGUUGGAGUAGUUCAGUACAGUGAUUAUCCUGUACUUGAAAUCCCUCUAGGAACUCAUGAAUCCAGUGAAAAUCUUAUCAGGGAAAUGGAAUCCAUACAUUACUUGGGAGGAAAUACAAGAACAGGAAGAGCUAUUCAGUUUGCCUAUGACCAUCUUUUUGCCAAAUCUUCAAGAUUUUUAACAAAAAUAGCAGUUGUUCUCACUGAUGGAAAAUCCCAAGAUGAAGUCAAAGAUGUAGCAGCAGAAGCAAGGAAAAAUAAAAUCACUUUGUUUGCAAUUGGUGUAGGCUCAGAAAUUGAGGAGGAUGAACUUAAAGCUAUUGCCAACAAGCCUUCAUCAACUUAUGUAUUUUAUGUUGAAGAUUAUAUUGCAAUAUCAAGAAUUAAAGAAGUUAUAAAGCAGAAGCUCUGUGAAGGUAAGUGAUCAUAAAAUGUUUUA